UGAGGGAGCAAAGGAGUACUUGGAGUGGGUAGUGGAGGCCUUGGCUCCUUUGAAAGGCUGUGAUAGGACAAAAGGGCCUCAAAAUUGGACACCAGACCUCAUCGGCGUGACUGCUAUAGAAAACACAAUUGUUUCAACCAAUUCUUAGCUUGCAUCUAGUCUCUGAAAUCAAGAAAAGAGAUGCCUGAUUUUUUUGACCUUCCUUCCUUUGUUGUCUCUUUCUAGGUUUCUACCACAAUGUAGGUAUAAUCACCUGUGCUUGUGCUCAAGUUCCUAAAGUGCUAAAAGCCAACCAGUUUUCUUCAGUUUCAGUUUUCUAAAUGUUCAUUUUAGUGUAUUUAGUUUUUAUCACCUAAUUUGGCUUAAGAAAUACUUGGGUGCCAGUUAUGGGAACUUCAGAGGUGACAAGCAAUUACAUACAGAUUUGAUUAAAGUGUUUCCUGGUGCAUUCAAUGAAAUCAUGUUUAAUGAAGUAGAGGUUUUAUUGAUUGAGGUGGAUAGCAGGACUUAUUUUUUCUUAAAACUGACUAUAAAGUUAUGCAGGAUACCUUUUAAACUGCUUUGAUUCCUUCAUGUCUUUAUGAUGCCAAGCUUUGUGGCCCAAAUUAUUCUGGCAUGUGAUGCCUUUGUAUAAUACUUUCCAUGUAAGAGAGGCACACCUGUUGUAGGAAGUAACAAGCAGUGGUAAAAUGGUUGAAAGUUGUUCUGAUAUUUUGUUGACAUAUUUGGGUUUGUUAUUAUUUCAGGUGGCAUAGGGCUACUUGAAACAUUUUUUCAGGUACAUAAAGAGCUGAACAUUGUCUUGAAAAAGGGGCCUUCUUGCUAAAUUAUUUUUACUUGUGUUGUUGAAAAGUAAGGCUGCAGUGUCUCUUGUUAAAUCCAUUUAAGAAUACCUUUGCUUUUAAAAUGCAGCUCAGGAAUAUUAAAAGCUAUAAUGUUACAGUGAAUGAAUUUAUUUUGCAUUUUUAUGGUAAAAUUAAAAAGAAAACUGUUUCCAGUGAACUGAAGUUGCUGUUUUCAUGUGUCAGUAUAUUAAAAUCUGCAGAAGUGUUGUGUUAAGAACCUGUUUGUUCAAAGCAUCACUCAGCAUAUUUGAAUAAUGAAGUUCAGCUUCUUUUCUUGAUGGUCCUGUUACGUUACAGCUGUGUCAACUCUUAAUCCAGCAGGAUGUGUGCUCUUUAACUACAGCCUUCAGAUGCCAUUUUCCUCACGCUGAUGCGUGAAAUCAAAGUGCAUCCAUUUCCUGGAGUGUCUGAGAAGCACAUUAGUGCUGCAGCUCAGCUGGAUCCUUGGCUGACUGAGUUUGUCUGCUUUACUUUCAGAAUCCAUCUGGGUUUGUUUCUUACUAGACCAUGCUGCUGAAAUCUUUGUAGUUACUAGCUGUGGACAAAAAAAGCUUUCAAGUGCUUCUGAGGUGCCAGCGUAUUGCUGACUGAUGAAUUGACAAUACAAGAUUUAAUCCACGCUGCUUCUUUAGCUUUAUACUUGAUGAUGGAAGAUACAAAGAAACAGCUGAACCAGGUAGAAAGACCCAUCAAAGCCAGAUAACUCAGCUAAAAUGUUUUGUAACCAGUGUUUCUCGGAAGGAAUAAGAUUAUGUGGAUCAGCUGGUGUGUUUUGUGUCUGGUGAAAAGAAGCUUAUUUAAAUUAAGAGAGCCAGGAAAUCUGUCUCUCAGUCCAGAAGGAAGAUGGGUUCCACAGAAGACCUUGACUAUCCUCAAAUCAUCGUGCAAUACAGCAAUGGAUUUUUAAUCUCAAAGGUUAUGUUCGCUGCCUGUGAGCUGGGGGUGUUUGAUCUUCUUCUGGAGUCAGGAAAGCCUCUGUCUUCAGAUGCCAUUGCUGCACAUCUGGGUGCCAGCACCAUGGGGAUGAAAAGACUGCUGGAUGCUUGUGUGGGAUUGAAGCUCUUGGCCGUAGAGAUGACACAAGAAGGAGCCCUCUACAGAAACACAGAAAUUUCCAACAUCUACCUUACAAAAUCAAGUACAAAGUCUCAGUAUCAUAUUAUGAUGUAUUAUUCCAACACAGUCUACUUGUGCUGGCAGUACCUGGCUGAUGCUGUCAGAGAAGGAAGAAACCAAUAUGAAAGAGCUUUUGGCAUUUCAUCUAAAGACUCUUUUGGCGCAAUGUACAGAUCAGAUGAAGAAAUGCUAAAAUUCAUGGCUGGCCAGAACUCAGUAUGGAGUAUAUGUGGCAGAGAUGUUCUUGCUGCAUUCGACCUUUCCCCUUUCACGCAGAUCUAUGACCUGGGAGGAGGUGGAGGAGCUUUGGCCCAAGAGUGUGUUUCUUUGUAUCCAAAUUCUACUGUCACAAUUUAUGACCUGCCCAAAGUUGUUCGAGUGGCCAAAGAACAAUUUGUUUCCCCCGAGGAGCGUCAGAUCACUUUCCAUGAAGGAGACUUCUUUAAUGAUUCAAUACCUGAAGCUGAACUGUAUAUUUUAUCCAAGAUACUGCAUGAUUGGGAUGAUGACAAAUGCAAACAACUGCUGGCAAAAGUCUACAAAGCUUGCAAACCUGGUGGUGGAGUGCUGCUGGUUGAAUCGCUUCUGAAUGAAGAUAAAAGUGGGCCUGUAGAAACCCAACUGUACUCUCUGAAUAUGUUGGUCCAGACAGAAGGGAAAGAGCGAACAGCAGCAGAGUACAGCAAGCUCCUGGAGGCAGCUGGCUUUGGAGUGAUUCAGGUCAAGAGAACUGGAAAACUCUAUGAUGCUGUUUUAGGAAGGAAAUUGUAGUAUGUGUUUUAUGUAAGUAACAAGACAGAAAAAGCUGAGAAAUGUGCUAUUCUCUUCUUAGGUUGCAAUGAUCAACUUAGCUUUUAGUUAAGGCUGACAACUUUUUUGUAAGCAGAUACAUUGUCAGAAGACUCACUAAUAACAGAUCUUCAACAUGCAUGUAUUGCAAAUCUGGCGGCCUGGCUUGGCUUGCCUUUGGAUUUUGGAGGGAAAGAAAGAAAUCAGCACCUGUUCCACAAAAAAACAAUCCACAAAAGAAAUGUGUAGUAUGUCUGCUUCAGCUUGUAUCAGUCUCUCUGAUUUUAACACCGUAUCUGACAAAAGCAGAGCUGAAUUUGUACUUGAGUUCCUGCAAAAUAAAGCUAAUCCCUGUACUGA